GCGCCACACGCAGCGGAAGGAAGGAAGUCCGCCAUUGAAGCUAACUCACAACGUGAGUGGUACGUUCGAAGAGCACUGGUUUAAAAAAAGGUGCAAUUUUUUUUCAUCAUAUACCUACUGCUGGUAUAUCGUUGUGGACAUGGCGUACAGAGGACAAGGAGGACAGAAGGUCCAGAAGGUUAUGGUGCAGCCCAUUAACCUGAUUUUCAGGUACCUGCAAAAUCGCUCACGGAUCCAGGUGUGGUUGUAUGAACAGGUGAACAUGCGGAUAGAAGGCUGCAUUAUUGGAUUUGAUGAGUACAUGAACCUGGUUCUAGAUGAUGCAGAGGAAGUCCACAUGAAGACUAAGAACAGAAAGCCACUGGGGAGGAUCAUGUUGAAAGGAGACAACAUCACCUUGCUGCAGAGUGUGUCCAACUAGGACGAUGGAAAUGAAGACCAAGUGUUUUCUAUUCUUUCUUUUUUUUUCCUCUAAAUUUUGAGUACGUUUGUGUUAAUAUGACAUGAAUAUUGUAAUAUUUUCUUUCUUCCUUAUGGUUCCAUUUUGAAAAUAAAUUUGUUUUUUCUUACAAGU